AUGCGGUCUGCCAAAGCAGUUGUUUCAGAAAGACUUGCUCGCUUUGGUUCUACUGCCAAUAUGUCUUACACAAGUGGGACUCAUCGGCCGCAUACCAUCACCUCACUACGGCGCUGGUCUAUUGUGAACAAGGAGCUUCCAGCUGUGUCUCAAAUUCGCGCAAUACACGUCUACGAUUUCGACAACACCUUAUUCCUAAGUCCUCUACCAAACCCACAAUUAUGGCAUGGCUCCUCAAUCGGUUUCCUUCAGACGAGUGAUAGUUUCGCGACUGGAGGAUGGUGGCAUGACCCCAACAUUCUCAGCGCUACAGGAAAGGGCAUGGAGAUAGAAGAGCCUCGCAAAUGGGAAGGCUGGUGGAAUGAACAAAUUCUGAGUUUGGUUAGGAAUAGCAUGGAGCAGAAAGAUGCGCUCACGGUGUUACUGACCGGUCGAAGUGAGGCCGGCUUUUCAGAUAUCAUCAAGCGCAUGGUCGCUAGUCAGAACCUUGACUUCGACCUUAUUGGUCUCAAGCCCGAAGUUGGUCCAAGUGGUCAACGGUUUGCGACGACAAUGAAGUUUAAACAGGACUUUCUUGAGGAUCUGGUUUUCACUUACGAGCAGGCUGCCGAAAUCCGUGUCUACGAGGAUCGUGUCAAGCAUGUGAAAGGAUUCAGAGACUUCUUUGAGGGUCUAAACAGAGAACUUCAAAGUGGGCCCGUCACAGCACGGAUGCCCAUCCUUGCUGAAGUCAUCCAGGUAACCGAGGGGUGCACAUAUCUUGACCCCGUAACUGAGACUGCCGAGGUGCAGCGCAUGGUCAAUGCCCACAACCUCACACUGCGCAACCCCGCUUUGAACGUAACCAAGAGCCGCUGUGGACGGAUGUAUAUCAAACGAGUCGUCUUCUACACGGGGUAUCUGGUCACUCCAGAUGUUUCAAACAGCAUGACGCAGAAUUUGCUGGCUCCGCUGCUCCCCCCAGGGCUUGUCGAAUCAAAUGACCUGAAGUACAUGGCUAACAGCAUCCUAAUCACCCCACGCCCAGCGCCCCGUUCGAUCCUGGACAAGGUCGGAGGCUUGGGCAAGAAACUAAAGUGGCAGGUUACCGGAACCGGAAACCUAGACAAUAAGAUUUGGGCGGCCCGGGUGGCGCCUAUCCCAGAGACGGAAUCGUAUUACACGGAGAACCCACUGCCAAUUGUAGUACUGGCUGUUCGCAAAGGUGCUCGUCUCAUCGAUGCAGGCAAGAUCCAGAACUGGCAUCCCAUUCCGGCUGACAGGGCCAUGACCAUUGAUACUGUGGUCGGCGAGAAGGUUGUCCUACGGGUUGAAGACAGCGGAGAUCAUCGUCAAGGAGAGCAGCCAAUGAACAGGAGUCAAAAGAGACGCUUCAUAGAAGAUGACAACGUGAGCUGGCCCAAUCAAAACUUUGGCGUUGAUAGCCCAUCCCAUGGCCGCGGCAACUACUCCUCUCAGCGCGGCGGAGGUGAUGGACGUCCCCAAUACGAUGAUGGUCCGCGAGGAAGAGGCUCUCAUCGUGGUCGUGGCCGAGGUGUUGGACGCGGGCGCGGUAACAACGCCCGUGGCCGUGGCCGAGGUCGUGGUCGAGGUGAAUACUACCAGUACAGGUCGCUAGAUGACCAUGGCAAUGGACACGAUGGGGCGCAUGACGGGAAGAAUGGAUACGGUAGUGGAGGUACAGGAAAAGGAGGUUACUCCAUGGACUAUUGA